AGGUGAGUCGCUGGAUUGAUAUUCGUUUGAUAUAUCGUUUGAUAUUCGUAUACAAUUGCUCCGCGAUAAUUAUUUCAUUAUAAUUUAAUCUCAGAAAAGCUACAAAAAUAUUCAUAACAAAAUCUAAAACGAAAAAUAUCUGUUUUCUCAAUGGUUCCUCUUUAUGCAACUGUUUAUUUGUUUGAAGCAAUCAUUAUUUAAGUCAUGACUUCACCCUUUGUUAAAUUUAUGUCAAGAAUGCUCUUAACUCCCGAAAGAACCUAUUUCUAUAUGUUUCUCUGUACUUUGAUCGGUUUUAUGUCAGCAACAAAUCUUUAUGAUAACAAUUACGAAACAAUCAUCUCCGAACUGAGUCAUGAACUCUUAUCUUCUGAAAAUAAUCUUCUUGUAGAUGUAUCGAAAGUUCUUUUUACCAUCUCUUCUCUGAAUAGUAAUUUUCCUUUGAUCAACAACCAACCCUACCAAAGUUAUUUAAGUAUCAUCAGAAGUUACUUUCACUUCAGAAAAUCUCUCCGUAAGGAAGAAACACCUUUGUCAAUUCAUAAAAAACGGAAUGGCUCCACUUGGCAUAAAAGAAUCCCUGAUAAGAGAAACCAGCAUAAAAGAUAUUCUUGUAUUUCUGCAAGGUUGUUAUAUCCUUUGAGGGACUUUGGUAAAAAUGUUGUGAUCCUUUCUUCCGGUUGUUCUGGGACACUUCUUUCUGCACAGUUUGUUCUAACUGCCGCCCAUUGUGUUCACAAUGGCAGAACAAGUUUCACAAAUCUACAAGUGAUAAUUCAAGAGACGAUAUUAAGCCGAAGAAUCCACUAUGUCAAACGCAUUACGGUACCAAAAGGUUGGUUACUAGUUGACAACUUGGUGGACACUGAACGAUAUGUAAACGAUUACGCUGUUUUAGAAUUGGCCGUAGAAGUAACUGGACGCAGAGAGUUUAUGAAACUGAAGGCUCCGGACAGGAACACUAUGGCAUUUGAUAUGUAUUAUAUGGGGUUUACAUUUAAACAGGAACUGAAGUUCUCGAUUAACACAUGUCCAUGGGAAACCGGAAGAUUAUUCAUGAAUCAUAAUCUCAUUACAAGAGUUUGCGGAGCUGGCAGUGGUCAUUCCGGCUCAGCCGUAUUUACGUACAAUCAGCAAAAGGGUUUUCGUAUAUCAGGCAUUGUUUCGCAUGCCCGAAUGAUAAAGACUAACCAUGCCAACCGGUCAAAUGGUCAAUGGACAGUCAUUACAGCAUUGACAGAUUCCAGGAUCAAACACAUCUGUUCCAUCGUCCAAGCAGGGACUCGGAGUACCGGAGGAUCGUGUGACCAGCAACAAACACAUUUAUUUUAUUGAUGGACAUUUCAACACUCGAGACAUUGCGGAGCAGGUAUUUGGAUGUUCACAGCAUAAACACAUAUAUGACACUUAUACACACAGACUUAUAGAUAUGUAAACGCACACACAUACACACACACACACACACACACACACACACACACACACACACACACACACACACACACACACACACACACAUAUUCACUAAUCACUGUGACGUGCAUACAUACGUUAAAUGAAUACAGUCAUAGAGCAGCAAAAGCGUGAAAAUACGUUUCAAUUCGAACAUACCACACACACACACACAUAUAU